UGUGAAUGCCAACUUAUUGAAAGAACCCCACUUUCUCCAUUUUUAUGCUUCCUACUCUUUCACCCCUGUCCAAACAUCGGUCAAUAAUGGAUCAUUAAUUUGUGGUUUAAUUUCUUCAUUCAAUUUGGAAAGCCUUCUGUGUUCUUCCAACUGAUCUAUCUUGACAAUCUUGCUGCCCAAGAUUCGAAUUUAUUCUUCAUUCUGUUGCUUCCCACUCUUCCACCACCGUCCAAACAUCAGCCAAUGCAUUAAUUUGUGGAUUAAUUUCUUCAUCUAAUUUAGAAGGCUUUCUGCCUUCUUCCAACUGAUCUCUCUUGUCGAUCUUGCUGCCCAAGAUUCGAAUUCAAGCGAAAAAAUUACUAUAAAAGAAUGAACUUUUCCAGCUAUGGUUUUUGAAAUCAAUCCCCUCACUGAUUUCAUCCGCUUCCUCCUUCAAGUUCGUCCCAAUCAAUUUGCUACAUCACCGCACACCGCAACAACCCAAGCUUUAUCAAUCACCCCUAAUUCAUCCCUACGAAAUCGACACUCUCAAAUAGAGUUUCUUACUGAUGAGACCAUGAUCUACGAAUGUCCUCAUGGUGGAACAUGCAUUGAGGAUGCUAAUGUAACCCAGUGAGGUUAGACAGAUUAUUUCUAAUACAACCAUCUUUUUCAAUGAUUAUCGAAAAAUUCCUUCCAAAAUGUAUACAAUUCGCUAAAUCAAUGAGCUCCAAGAUUAUAGACAGAUAAAACUUUAAUUACUUGUUAAAGUGAUGUCGCCGGACAUUUAUGAAUUGUCUAUCUUUGUUAGGUUGUAUUGUAUUGCAGUUUUCCCACUUCCUAAUACUAUCUUUGCCUAUUCUUGUAAAUUCUCGUUUUGAAAUUCAUCAAAACAAAGCUCAAUGAAAGCAUGGAUUUAGAUGUAGGCUGCAUUACAAAAUGAUGCGCUACUGUUCUUGUUUCGUGAGGAUAAAUGUAUGUUUGUAUGAUUAAAGGAUAGACACAUACAGUUGGUAUCCUUUUAAUUGACUUAGAAAUCACCAAGUUCAACGUAUUUGCAUUGGUUAAGGCAAGCAUGCGCAUGUGUUUGCAUAUAUAUAUAUAUAUAUAUAUAUAUAUAUAUAUAUAAAUUGCAAGGAACUACUUAGAAUACUUGGGUGGUUAAUAUAUCAAUUUGUAUUGCUGGUUGGAAGAAAGCUUCUUUGGCUGCAGAAUUAAAGAAAGCUUAGAAUGACCUGUGAUGUACAAAGGCAUAUCUGAUUUGUAACAUAGCUGGUAAUCAAACUUGUUGUGAAGAGUCCAUAUAAGGUGUUGAGUUUGGUUUUCUUAUAUUCAGAUAUGCGUUAGUUUACCUAUAGCUCCUUGUAGUAAUCUUCUACCUUGCUUCUUUGCGUCUUUCAUUUUUCUAUUUGCUGCAUAGUUCCUCACAGUUGAGUUUAAGAAUCCAUAUAUUUUAAAUAGGUUAUUCGUGGUUUUACUCAUUUAUUCUUUAAUAUGCAUUUUAUGAAAAGUACCACCACCACUUUAUUUUCUAAAAUCACACCCUGAAUCUGUAAAAUCAACGCGCCUAACAAGUUUAUGUUUGGAAGAAAAGAUGAUGUUUAUUUUCCAAGCUUUUACUUUUCCAUUUUACAUAUUAGUGAUAAGUAAUACAAUUUUAAAUACAAAAGUCUAAUUUUAGCCUGAGAUAUAUUCUUAUGCUGCUUUACUAUUAAUAUAAAUCGAACUACAUUUUGUACCCUAUUAAUAUAAUCAUUAUUGAUAUGGAACUGUCGUGGAUUGUUGUAAAAUUGAGAACAUACCCGUUGUAACUGAAGAAGCUGUGCUGCGAGAAGUUAGGAAACCUCUGUAGAUCCGGAUAAGUACCAGGCUGAGUAUUGCUCCACCUUCCAAGUCCUGCCUUGAAGCUCUUCUCCCAAUGCUUUAAUUAUGUGCUUGUACAAUUCUGAAUGCAUAUUAGAUCUCCGAAAGCAGACAAACACAUGAUUAAUACUUUAAAUCCAAUGCAUAACGUCCUCAUUCCUAUGGAUAGCUGUGGUUAUGAUAUUCUACUGUAAAUAGUUGGUUAUUUUUCCAUGUUUAUAAUACCAUAGUUUAUCCUAUUUUGCGUCGGUAUAGAUGGACCAAAACUCCCAACGUCGGAAGCAUUACGUCGAAAUGUCCCCUGGAAAAAAAGCCGAACUGCUUCGACGUAGGCGAGAGGCUUAUGCAGAAAAGAAAAAACAAACAACCGGCUGCAGCACUAACCUCUCCGUUAUAGGUCGUACUAAGUCACAACAUGCCGAUGAAAAACCUAUAAACACGAACAUGGCAACGAUGGAAACCUCUUUUUUGAAAGCAACAACUAAGACAAGGCAUUGUAAUAAUAUUAUUAAAACCCAUAUAGGGAAUGUGGAGAAUAGUAAUAGUAUCCAAACCUGCAAUGAAGACACUGGUCCAACUACAAUAACUAAGGAUAACAUCCUCCAAAUGAAUACUCCAACCGAAUCCCGUAUAACCUGUCUGCCACAGUCCGUUGAACAACUACGUACCACUAUCGGCCAAAAAGACGACACUUGCUCCACUGCAGCAGACCCCCGACAGAAGAGAAGCCCUGGAAUAGGUGAUGCUGCUUCUAACCUUUCAGAUUCUUGCUGGUUCUUCUAUUCCCCUUACACCGGUACCCCAACAACUCUAAUGCUGAUCCUGUUGAAGAAUGAAGGCUGA